UGAAUAAAAGCCUCAGUAGUUUGAGUCGAGUCAGUAAACUCUGUGGGUGGAUUCCAACAUCUUGACACAGUUCAGCUUAUUUACAUUCUGGAAGAGAGAUGAAGGAUUGAGAGAGAACUUUGCUGUUCUUGGAUCAUGACUACUAUAGGAAGGUGGCCUCAGAUGGAUUGAGUUAAACCUGUGAGAUAAUGGAGCGAGGCAUGCACAGAGGAAGAUGGAAUAAAAAAGCCCCAGUUGCCACAAUACUGCUCCUUAUGUGCAUGUUCAUCCCCAAUUUGACAUUGCUACAACCUUUGCCGGCAGAGACGUGUCCCCAUGGGGACUAUCUCACUGACGAGGGAAUCUGUUGCAACAAGUGUUCUCCAGGUUUUAAGAUUGUAGAAAAGUGUCAUGCUGCCGGUCAAAGAAGUAAAUGCAUACCCUGCCCCGCUGGACAAUACACAAACCAGAUGAACUACUCCCCCAACUGCAGAAGUUGCAAACAGUGCAAAACAUCAAAGCAUGAAUUACAGGUAUCACCAUGUCAACAAAACCAGAACACUAUAUGUCGCUGUGAGGACGGUUAUUACAAAAUUAACAUAGACUCAGUAAUAUCCGAGUGUCGCAGAUGUCGGAAGUGUGGAAACAACGAAAAAGAAAAACAGAAAUGUACACCAGAGAAAGACACUGAAUGUCAAUGUACGGAGAACUACUACAGAGUAAACAACAAGUGUGAACAAUGCAAAAAUUGUACUGCUGGGUGUGAACAUCAUUGUUCAUCACUUCCUCCUCAGAAUACAAGAGCUCCUGGUUAUGGAAAUGAGCAUCUCAUGAACAUAACUGGUGGAGUAACUGCUGUGGCUUUGUUAUUGUUGGUCCUGGGGGUUAUCGUCACCUAUACAAUGACAAAAUGGUCUACCAAGAGGAAGUUGCUGAAAUUGUCCUCUCAGUCGUCUGACGUCUCCUCGGACCCAUGUGAGCAAGUGCUGAUACACGAUGAGGAACCUUCAAACAACAACAUUGUCAAGGCAGCUCCCCCACGCCCUGCGACUGAGUAUGAGCAGCCGUCCAAUCUGCCAGACUGUGUCCCCUUGGAAAUCAAGAUCCCUGACCUGAUCUACACAGUGCUGGAUCUGGUUCCCGUGUUGCAGGUGAAGCAGCUGGUGCGUUUUCUUGGCGUGAAGGACACCGAUAUCGAACAAGCAGAGCUGGAUUACCGAUCCUGCAAGGAGGCUCACUACCAGAUGCUGAGGGUGUGGGCCGAGAGAGGGUCGCGGGCAGGUGGAAUUCUGCACUGUCCCUUGCUGCAGGAGUUGUUGGACGAACUGAGAAAAAUGCACCUGGGACAGGCAGCCGAGGAGCUGGAAACAAAGUACAACAUUCAGUAGUUCUGCAAAGCGUGCCAAGUGGAAAAAAAAAAAAAGAACUUAUGAAACCAAGUAUUGUCCCUCAUGGACGGCCGCAAGGCAUACACAUGAACACACUGCUAUCACCAAAGCAGUUUCGUUCACAUUCGCAGCAACCAGACGACUCUACCUCUCAUCCUACCCAUCAUUCGCACAGAUGACAGGGUGUAACUACUGAGAGCGACAGAUGAAAUGGUUCUGGGAGGGACAGUCACAGAAAGUAUUAUUUUGCACUGAUAAAUAUUGCUUAAAAUUUGUAAAGAACUUUUAGCAAUGUAAAUUUUCUCUUAAUUUUGAAAAGAUAAAAAAUAUUAAGUCAGUUUAGGGGGAACUGUGCUUAUUUACUUUGUCGCACAGAGUUAGCUUUAGUUAUACAAAACGGUUUGCCCGGCUUUGUACCAAGACUACCUGCACUUUCAAAGCUCACUAAUCAACAAGUUACAUUCUUGUGUACUUAAUUUGUAGAGAAAGUGUGUUAAAGGCUACAUUUUUUGGUAUUUCUGGGAAAUUCGGUGCUUGCACUAUUUUUUGUGCUGGAGCAGUGAGCUUUAAAGGUGCAGUUAGGCAUCAUAGCUGUUUCCAGUCGUCAUGCUGAACUCCAGUUUCCACAAUCCAAACAUGACAAUGUGAAUAAGUGUAUUUCCCAAAAAUUAAAGCUACUUCCUGAACAUGGGGGAAUAAUUAUCUUUAUAUUUUAUACCAGAAUGAUCACUUUUUACUAUGCAACAUCCAUUCGCGUGAUUUGAGUUUUGCUGUCUGUAUCAUGAUGCUUUUUAUUGAACAGCAUAAUGUUUUAUUCUUUGUGUCUAUUCAUCAUUCAGUCUAUUUAAGUCUUAGCCAAUAGUUCUAAUUGCAAACAGUUUGAAGUAUUUGGAGCAGGAGGAAGUAACAAAUCUAAUGACUAUUCAGCCUCCAAGUUAACUCGUAAUGUUUUAGUAGGACUUCCUGGUUAUACUAUUUAAGAAGUUCUAAUCUCCCCAAUGGAAAUUUUAUGGGAGCAAUAACAAAGCAGGGGAAGUUUGUAGUUCCUGCUUAAUGUAGACCAAAACCCCUACUAAAACACCAGCUCUCACCAUUUUUUUCAGCCCCUUCAUGCAAGCAUUAUUCGUGACUGUUAAAACGGGACACGCCUUGUCUCAGUAUGUUUCAGCCAAGCAACUUUUAUAAUACCAGUCCUGGCCUGCAACUUCUGAUAUGAAUCAGUCACACUCGGGCACACUGAAGAUGUGUCAUUCCAAAACACUUUUGCCAUAAAUGAAACUGUAUUACACAAACAGAGCCAUUUAUCAAUGCUGAGUAACAUAUGUGUGCAACAUAUACCUGAUUUUUAAAUAAAUAUUUCUUUAU